GACUCAAAGGGGACGGAGCUCGGAGCCCGAUCGGAGCCGCCUGCUGCGCCCAGCCCGGUACGGUACCCGCCGCCUGUCGCUUCCGAGGGGGCUAGGGAGCCGGGCCGAUCGCCCGCCACGCGUGGGGGCUGCGCUCGGGGAGAAGAGCCCGGCCGGGGACCCCCCCCAACACAGCCAGGAGGAAGAGGAGCGAGGGGGCGAGGAAGAGGGAGCGUUUCUGGAAGUGAAACCGAGCCGUGGACCGGUCUCGGGGGCGCCCUGGGAGGGGAGCCUGGAGGAUCUGCCUUGACACCCCCCCGCCCUUGACCAUAACCAGCUUUCCUGCCUCUGCAGCCCCCAACCCCCGUGCCCCCUCUGUCUGUGUAGGCGGGGCGCUGUGCUGAUCUGGGGUGGCGACACUGAUGUGUACCAAAAUGGAACAGCCUUUCUAUCAUGACGACUCCUUUCUUUCCGGCUACGGGCGUGCAGAGCUGAGCGGGCCCCCGGACUACAAGGCGCUGAAGCAGAACAUGGCGGUCAACCUCUCGGAGCCCUGCCGGGGCCUCAAGGCGCAGCUGCACCUCCGGGGCCAGGCGGCGGAGGAAGGAGGUGCCUUCUACACCCCCGCCGGCCUGCCCGAGGCGGGCGCCAACUCUUCGCUCAAGCUGGCCUCGCCGGAGCUGGAGCGGCUCAUCAUCCAGAACAGCAACGGGGUGAUCACCACCACGCCCACCCCGGGCCCCUAUUUCUACCCCCGGGGGGCCACGGAGGAGCAGGAGGGCUUUGCCGACGGCUUUGUGAAGGCCCUGGACGACUUGCACAAGAUGAACCACAUGCCCCCGCCCAACGUCUCCAUUGGCGCGGCCGCCUCGGUGGCCAGCAGCGUCUACGGGGCCUCCCUCCAUCAGGAGCCACCCCCCGUCUACACCAACCUGACCAACUACAACCCCGGCACCAUGACCACCUCCUCCAGCUACCCCACCGCCAACCUCAGCUACUUGCCCCAGACCCAUGCCUAUGGGGGUCACUCCUUGGCCACCUCCCUCCCAUCCAGGGUGCAGGUCUUCAAGGAAGAGCCUCAGACCGUGCCGGAUGUCCAGUCGCCUCCCGUGUCUCCCAUCAACAUGGAAGAUCAGGAGAGGAUCAAGGUGGAAAGGAAGCGGCUGAGGAACCGGCUGGCGGCUACCAAGUGCCGGAAGAGGAAGCUGGAAAGGAUAGCCCGGCUGGAGGACAAAGUCAAGACGCUGAAGACGGAGAACGCGGGACUGUCCAACACGGCUAGCGUCUUGAGAGAUCAGGUGGCCCAACUCAAGCAGAAAGUCAUGAAUCACGUGAACAAUGGGUGCCAGUUGCUUUUGACUGUUAAAAUGCAAUCCUUCUGAACCCCCCCCCCCCAGUGUUAUUUAAGAGACUUGUGUGUAACUG